AUGUUAGACGGCGGAGGGCUCCUUGCGAGCGCUAGUGCUGCCGGCGAUCUUGAGAAAGUCAAGUCCCUCCUCAACCAAGCAUCUGACCGUGACAAACACGAAGCUCUACGGUUCGCAAUCAAGGCCAACGCGCUCGUCACCGUCAACUAUCUACUACACAACAACGUCAAACCCAGUGUUUUCGACUUCGAAGAGGCUGUCAAGCAGUGCUCAUAUCCGAUCCUGGAGCUUCUCCUGUCGAGCGGCUUCAAUAUUAACGAACCGAUCAGAGAAGAUUCUCCUCCUCCUCUAGCUUCUGCUUUGUUUAAUUCAAGUCUAGUACAUUGGCUUAUCGAGCACGGUGCGAAUCCCAAUGCUCAAUGUCGAUUUGACAUCACACCUCUAUCUAUUGCAGCCCAAUCCGCCUCGAAGGAGGUUAUUGAGCAACUCUUUGAACUUGGUGCGUCCGUAAAAUACGGACAACCUCUUCAUUUUGCAGUGUAUGCAAAUCGUCCGGACGAGAUCAUCACACUUCUGCUUGAGAAGGGUGCUCCGAUAAACGGAAUCAUGUUCGAGGACCACCAACUUUCCUACUACCACUGGAAAGAAUUUGGUUUGGGGACGCCCUUGCAUAUAGCGGCUGAGGCUGGGAACGCCAGACUGGUGAAAUUAUUACAGGAACGUGGCGCGAAUUUGAAUAUCAGAGAUACGCUAGGACAGCUGCCCAGAAACUACAAUGUACCUGGCUGA